UUCUAAAAUUGGUUUGGAGAGAGAGAGAGAGAGCCUUUUGCCUUACUCUGCCCUUCGCCGUUCUAACACCGCCAUGGAUGGAUUCCUGAAGAAACCACGCAUUCGACCUCGCGGCGAAACAAUCGCCCUAUCGUAUCCGUUUGAAUCCGGCGCACGCUAAAUCACAUUCUUAGCGCUCGCGAACUCAUCACAUCGUUCCCCGCUCCACCAUUUAUCAUCCAUCUCCCUUCGUACUUGUUAACUUCCGUGUUUCUCGUAUCUCUGUUGUCUCGAUCGAACCUCGUCUCGUCCUUUGAUUGGAAAACCCUAUUUUGUGCCGAGGAAAUAGGCAUGUGAUUAUUGGAGCGAUAGUCUGAUUGAAGGUGAUUGCUGUGUGAGGGUAGUAAUGAGGAGGCGUUCGGAGCGGCCUCUGAAAGAACUCUACGAUCGCACUGAGAUGAUUUUGGAAGCGGAGAUUACCCCUGUUCUGAAGGGUAGCUAUCGCAUGCAGGGACCUGUGGAUGAUUCUAACCUUGAAUUUGAGAGGAUUAACUCGGGUGUAUUCCCAACUGAGGAGAAAUUUAUGUUUGUAAAUGACUGUAUUGGAAUGAAGAUUGCAUCAGGAACAUGCAAUAUUUGUGCAGCUCCUUGUUCUUCAUGCAUGCAUAAUUUUCCUUCUUCAUCAGUCAUAGGUUCAACCAGCGACAGUGGAUGUUCUGGUAGUAUCUUCUCUCGUGGAAAAGCUGAUAUUUGUUUUUCAGUUGAUGUGAAUGGGACACAAUUUUACAAGAAAAGAAAAUGUGAUGAUUCACUGAAUGCAUCUAGUGAAACUAGUAACAUGUUAGGCAUUAGUUCAAGUCAUAAUUCAUUUUCUGAGAAUGCUGAAAGCAAAUCAACUCUGAAAGCCUCUGCAUCUGAUGAUUUAGAAGAUCUGGACAAACCUCAAAUUGGGUUCUCAGGUGAAGUUAUUAAAAAAGUGCAACCUCUUGUGGAAAAAACUUAUCAAGAUCACUUCUCUGCAGAUAGCCACAUCUCAAUUCACAUAGGUUGCAGAGAUUCCUCAGGUGAAGUUGAAGAGCAGCCUGGAUUAGAGUGUCACGAGGAUAAUAUUUCAUGCCUUACUGGAGGAGUAGAUUCAAAUAUUUCAGAUUAUGGUGGCAAUUUAUACUUGGAUAAGAAAGUUAUGACAUGUGGUGUUGCUUUGAGCAAUAAUUUGAUACUCAAUGUGAAUCAAGCUUCUGUUUUGGCUAAAGCUGGAGAUGGUCUUCAAGUUCAUGAAACUGAUAAUGGCAACUAUAGCUUGCGCAGGUCAAUUACAACUACAGAUGUAUCUAUACUAAAUGUUUCUUCUGCUGUUAGUUCUGCUGGGUGGAAAUCUGAUGCCCUUCGAAAUGUUGGAGUCUCUAUAACAAAUGAGGCUAGAAGUUGCUUAUCUUCUGAGAAAUCAAAGGUUGAGAAUUUAUGCCAAGAAUUUAGAACAGAUACAAAUAUUCAAAUAUCAUCUGAUAAUGUCUCUAGAAGUGGUAAUCUUAGCGAGCCCCUUGAAAAGGAUAAGGCUUUGUUGUGUUUGGAAACAACCAACGAUCGGGGAGAUAAUUUGCUACCUCCUGCAAACACUGAGAUUGAAAACUCCGAAUCUGAGAUUAUGUUAUAUGAUGUCAAAGUAUGUGAUAUUUGCGGAGAUGCUGGAAGGGAGGCCCUUCUUGCCAUUUGCAGCCGCUGCAGUGAUGGUGCAGAGCACACUUACUGCAUGCGGGAAAAGUUGGAUAAACUUCCUGGAGUUGAUUGGCUUUGUGAAGAAUGCAAGAUCAAGAACACGGAGAAUCAUAGUGUGGAUAAAUCUGACACUAUCUGUGGAGGUUCAAAACCGACAUUUUUCAGUCAAAAUAGUCAAAACUCUCUCAGUACUUUGAUUCCAAAGAAGUUACCUAAACCGGACGCUGGAGUAAUUGAUUUGAAUGAUCAAGGGCUGGCUAAUGGAUUGGAAAGCCCUAAGAUUUCAACUAGGAGGCAAGCAGACCAUGUAGAAGAGAUAAAAGCUUCAGAGGAGAGAGCUGAUCCCAUAGAGACAGCAACCCCAAGGAAAAUACCAGUGUUAUCUGGUGCGAUUUCAUUCAAAAACCAGAAAAUAGAAGUAAAGAAGGCAAAGAUAGAAUCAUUUGAAGAUCAAUCUGUAGAUGCUUUGCAGGCUUUUCGUUGCUCGCAAAAUUCCUUUAGUUCUGGUUCAUUCAAGGGUCAGCCACAUGCCCAUUCUCGACAUUUUGCAAGGUCAGUUUCUUUCAACAACUCAAUCAUUAAUCAGAAAGUCAAACAAAUUGUCAAAAAUGUUUCUUUCAGACAAAAAACCAGAAGGGAAGCCAUAAGCUCUAAACUGAGAAAUGAAACUUUGGUCAAAUCAGUAAAUAAAUCUUAUUCCUUUAAAAGCUCCUGUUCUGGCUUCUCCAAUACUGAGAUAGCAUGUAAAGAUCAUCCUCUUCAUCCAUCCCGCAUUGAAAAUCCAAGAGAAUUGGGUGAGGUAAAAGAAAGAAUCACUGUUGAUAAGAAGAUUCCUUCUGCUAUGUAUAAAACUUCUAUCAGUAAAUUAGCAGCUCCUGCUAGCAAUUGUCAUCUUAAGAUAAAUAGGUCUUCACAAAAUAAAGGAAAUGUGAAGAGUGCUAUUGAAUCAAGUUGUCAGAGCAUAGUUAAAAGAUCAUCCGAAGCAAGUAACUUAGGUUGCAGUGAUAGAAAGAAAAGGAUCUUACAUUCAUCCAGGAGUAUGGAAUUUUUUGAUGAAAAGUUCAACACUAAAAAUUGCGAGCAAUGUAAAGAAGUUAGAAGGAAGAGAUUCAGUCCUGUUGAUGGAUUAUGCAGCAAAGUUGACAUGGCAUCACAUCAUGGUGUACUUCAACCCUCAAAAUUAAAUCAUCAGGACAACAAAAUCAGGAAUGCUAACACUUUCAUUUGUCCAAGAUUGUCAUCUUCAGAUGGUAACCAAACAUUACAUUUUAAAAAAUGCAACAAAACUGUACAUGCAACUCAACAAUGCUCCACUGGCAAACUUGAAGGAUCUGCUCAUCGGCCUUCAAAUGAACAUAAUUUAAUCGAGACAAAGAAAAAUGGAAAGGAAUGUGAAGAUGUAAUGGAUGCAAUGGUACCAAAGACUAGGAUGCCAAAUAAAGUUAAAAUUUUCAAUAAAUUUGAUAGGGUUCCAGAAGCAAGUGGAGAGGUGAUUUGCAAAGCAGAUUCAAGAAUCACUCCAAGUUCUUUUAGUCAGAGGAAUAUAGCUUUGUUGGUAGAUAGCAGCAUUGACAAUGACAGCGUAAAAAAGUUCAGUGUUGAAGUUGGAAAAAGAUUAGCUGCCACAGAUUCGGUGAAUCUAGCUGUACAACCAACUGAGUCUUUAUUAGUCCCCAAAGCUAACAGCUUAAGCCACAUUCCUACUUUUAAUGAGUUGAACGUAAAAUCUCUCACAGAAACAUCACCCGGAGAAUUGUCCAUUUUGGCAUGCCAAUCAAAGGCAUCAGCAAUUCCUAAGCUUGAAUUCAUAUGGCAAGGUAGUUUUUAUGUUAUGAGAUCUGAUGGCUUCCCACAGUCUUUUGAUGGAAUUCAAGCUCACGUAUCAACUUGUGCAUCCCAUAGAGUGCUCGAAGCGGCUAGCGAGGUCCCUAGCAAAAUACAGUUGGAAGAAGUAUCUCAAACAAGUUCAUGGCCACAACAGUAUCAAGGAAUUGGUCCUAAGGAAGAAAACAUUGCUCUGUUUUACUUUGCUAAAGAUAACGAUAGUUAUGAGAAGAGUUACAGUAGUCUGUUGAAUAAGAUGCUAAAAAAUGAUUUAGCUCUCAGAGGAAAACUUGAUGAUGCUGAGCUUCUUAUAUUCACAUCGAAAAUGUUACCUACGUGCUCUCAACGGUGGAAUAUGUUAUAUUACCUAUGGGGCAUGUUCAUUAGUAAGAGGAAGCAUGGCUUACCUACCCAGAAGAAGAAUUGUGAAUCCAAUUUGGGUAUAUCUGAAUUACCUCUCUCAAAUAAUGCCAAUGCCCAGAAUUUAGACGGUACUGUGACAUCAAUGAUAUUUUCUGAACGUGACACAUCUCCCAAGUUAAAGCAGGAAGAGUCAACCAUGAGUGUGGAGUUGCACUGCAUAUCUUCUGAAGUUGAUAACAAGUCUUGCAGGACAGAAACCGCUGCUUAUGCUGCAAAUUCAUCGAGCACGGUUGGUACUGAUGCUAAAGUAUUGCAGGGGAUUCCUUUGUUUUUUAUAGACUAUUCAUCUAGGUCCACAGCCAAACCACUGGAUGUUAUUGAUAAUCUUGAGUUGCAGAAUCAGACAUCACAAUUGAGCUACAAAGUGAAGAUUGGUAUGGAUUGUCAGGAUAAAUUCCCUAGCGAUGGCACAAAUGAAAAAAUCUGCGACUCUCCUUCUCGUGGCUCAGAUAUUAAUAUAGAAGCUAGGCCUGAUAGAGCAUCACCUAUACUCCCUGUCUCACCUAAUGGCAAUCCAGUUGAAGAAUUCAGCACAAAUGACAGCAAAAAGAAAAAGAGACAUUGCUUACCAACCGAUUUAGCUAUUCUGGGUUAUCUCCCAAGAGGAAAUAUUUUAGAGAUUGAUUGGGCUGACAGAAAGCAUUUUCAGAACGUUGGAAGUAGUUUUGGAGAAGAAAAAUUAAGUUCUUCCAUUUUCAGUCAACAGCAACACACACAGAAUAUCUACAGUGAACCUGUGAUGCCUGAGGUCUCAAGAAUUGUAGAGAAAAAUUUCUUUCCAGUUGAUAACAAGUAUGGAAAUACUGUGAAUUUGGCAUCAUCAAAUGAUGAUGAUAACAACGAAUCCUACACUCCUGAUCUUGAACUUACACUUGGAAGUAUGAGUAAAACAACAAAGCCCGCAGCUUUAUUGCCUUUACUUCCAUUAGUUGACAGAGUCAGUCAAAAUUGGCGAUCCGGUCCUUCUGGGAAUGGAGAUGUUGAUGAUUUAUCAACAUUACUCUAUCUGUAACUAGUUUUUCCUGUGCCAGAUAAAUAAGUCUCAGCCAACCAGAAUUUACAUGAAAAUGGUUUGUACAAAAGUAGUUCUAUAGCAUUGCAACUCUGAGGUAUGCGCUGAAAUACACAAAUAGAGCCCUUACCAAUAUGUUCAUAGCCAAAUCCACAUUUCUCUCUUUCACCUUUUGAAAACUGCCUUUUACUGGUGGUUGGAUUAGAGAGUUCAGAUUCCAACGGCAGGAUGUAUAUAUAAGAGGAAGGCCGCAGUCUUAAACGCGAGUUUCAGUGAACUUGCUUUCUUUGUCUGCUUAUACUCACUCAUAUUUGUACAAAUACACCAAAUUCGUCGACCGUUACCUUUGUCUUCUACUUUUGGUUGUUCGAAUUUACUAACACUUGCAUAUAGUUUAAGGUUUAGGCGGGUCAUUUAUAUUUUAUGUUUCCAUUUUUAUCAA